GCAGCUGCAAUGUGCAAUUUUGUAUUGUGCAUACAUUUUUUUUAAAGUAUGAUUUUGGCUUUGUAACACAAUAUUGCAUUUGUUGUCUUACAGCUGCUUCGCUGUACUUUAUUCUAACCUGAUCUCCAUUCGUUGUUCAUCUGAGGAUUGAGACUAAAUCAGGAUGUUGUCCACUGCAGCUCUUAUUCUCAUUGUCACCAGUAAAGUUGUCCUAGGAAGGGAUGACAGAGUGUCUGUUAAAGAAGAGAUUUAUCCAUUGGAUAUGGCAAAGAAUUCAGUCGAUGACCAGUAUGAAGGUUGUACAGAGACAAUGGCAAACCUGGUGAAGAAAGAAUAUUUAAACAAAGAAAUCUGUUCUGGAAAAAUUAAAUUUAGCAUAAAUUAUACACAAAAAAAUAAAGAUAACUUGACUGGAAACCAUUUAGAAGCCAUUUCUGAGUACACUGGUGCUGACAUAUGCGCUCGGUUCAAUGAUAAUGUAAGGAAUGGUAAACAAAAAUACAAAAACAGGACAUUCGAAUGGUAUUCACUUCACUUUUUCUUGACAGAAGCGAUACAGAUUCUUAAGAGAACACAAAAUGAAUGUCAUUUAACUUAUCGUGGUACCAAACUUAGGUUUAAUGAGAAUAUUAAAAAGAAUACAGAGAUUCGUUUUGGCUCAUUUGCGUCCUCCUCUCUUAAACGUGAAACAACAACAAUGUUUGGAAAAGAAUCUUGUUUUGAAAUCGAGACUUGUUAUGGUGCUGAUGUGACAAAAUACUCCCAGUUUAAAAAUGAGACCGAGGUGCUGAUUCCUCCAUAUGAGAAAUUUAAAGUCACUGAUAUCAGAAAGAAAGGUGAGAAGGAUGCCUGGUGUAACACUGUGUUUGUGUUAAAGAGCUCUGGGAUUAAAAGUAAUUUAAACUGUGCAGUGGCAUCAGUCGAGCCCAAGAAAUUCAGUAUUAAAUCAACUUUUAACCGUUUGUUAAAUAAGCUAGGUAUUAAAAAAUCAUAAGUGUAUACCCUUUUCAUUCUGCAUUUUAAACUAAAAUAUGAGAUACAAGGCAUUUUAUAUAAACUGCAUGAAUGAAUUACACUUUGCUUAUAUUCUCAUUUGUAUGUUGUUCUUAUGACAUGGCUCUUUAAGAUAAUUGAUUCUGGUCAGCGGUGACAUUUUAAGGCCUGUUAUACUCCAAUAACAAUCGCUUAUACUAACACACCACUUAUUCAUGUACCUUGAGUCAUCUUGACCUAUAUGACUUAUAUGUUUAAUGUAUCACUUUGCUGUUUUUUUUCUCAUGACAUGUUUGAAUUUGAUACAAAUGAGCUAAUAAAAUGUUUCAAAUCAG